AUGGACUUCCGCACUGUGCGGGUGCUGCCUGGAGAGGGGCUGGUGUAUGCCUCGUCCGAGCCCUUCCGUGUCUCCGCCAAGGAUGACGCCGUGUCAAUGGUGAUGCCCUCGCGGCCAGGGUCAAGCCCCAGCAACCCCAGCAGCGGCGACAGCAGCAGCGGCAGCGGUGGCGGCGGCGGUGGCGGCGGCGGCGGUGGCGGCCGCAGCGCGAGCGCGGCAUCAAGCGCCGCCACACCGCAGGCAGAUGGGUUGACGGCCGCAGGCGGUGCAACCAUCGUGCUGGACAUGCCCGGCUGGCGGCGCGUCACCCAGGCGGCGCCCGGCCUGCCCCUGACAGCCAUAGGGAUGAUCAGCGGCUACUGGAGCGUCUCGGGGGCGCUGCUGUGCACGGGAACGCUGAUAGGCCGGCACGCCGUGGUCACGGCAGCGCACUGCGUCUACAGCCGGGCGGACAAGGCGUCCCUCUACGCCGCCGACUUCAUCCCCCACUCCUACUGCAACUCCACCGCGCCCUGCGCCGGCGAGUUCGUUCGGCCCUUCGGCUCCUCUCCGGUCUACUCAUACGACUUUUUGACCGGCUGGCGCACCAGAUCGCUGGGCGGCGCGUGGUCCUCAGACAUGGCUGUCAUCACGCUGUCCAAGGAUAUGGGCGGCGCUGCGGGGACGAUGGGGUUUGCGUACAGCAAGAAGGGCUUCGCCGGGCCGGUCGGCGCGGCCGGGUACCCAGCGGAGCUCUUUGGCGAGUCGACCAUAAACGGUGACCUGUACACGCUUGCCGGGAACUGCAGCGUCAAAGACACCUCCGGCUCCAACAGCCGCCUCGACUUCCGAAUGUGGCCCACCCCGAAGCGCAACCCCUGCUUCACCGGCUGCGCCAUCAGCCACGGCGGCCAGAGCGGGCAGCCCGCGUUUUCCCGGGAUGCGGACGGCUCUUACGUAAUCCACGGCGUCCUGUCGCGGGGGCCGCCGCAGACCAAGUGCCGCGGCUAUGACAUCUACACCCAGAUCAGCCCCGAGACCUUCAAGUUGUUGUCAAAGUACGUUAACUGGUCGCCUCCCACCAACUGA